GGAUUGAGAGAGAGAGAAAGAGAGAGAGAGAGAGAGAGAGAGUAGCAGUUAAUCGAAUGAUUCGUGUUCUAUCACCAUCAUUAUCUCCACUGCAAUUCAUUUUGUGAUGUCAUAAACCGUUUCACGAGUUAUGAAACUCUGCUUCCAGUGAGUGAGUGUGAGUGGGAAAUAAAUAAUUAAUGGCGGAAAUGAGAGUGACGAAUUCGUGGAGCGAUGAGCUAGCGAGUCUCAUGGACGACGAUCCGGUCGGUUUCUCGUCUUCCACGACGUUUGAGGUGAGGAGAUCGGUGUACGCGCCGCCUCCGCCGAGCGUGGAGGAGCCAGUGGUGGUGGCGGAGGGGGAGGAGAGCUUGAAGGAGCAGGCGAUGGGGUUCUUGAUGGCAUGGUGUGAGAUACUGAUGGAGUUAGGUAGGGGAUGCAGGGACAUACUGCGGCAGAACUUUCUCAACGAAGAUUCCUUCCUUUUCAGAAACUUCGCACUGCCUUGCGCUAAGGUAUCAAAGAGGUUGAGUUUCCUCAACGAUUUCUUGCCCGAGGAUCGCGAUCCCUUCCAUGCCUGGUCCAUCGUCGUCUUCGUUUUUGUUCUUGCCCUCGCAGCUAUAAGUGUAGAUCCCAAUCAUGAUGCUCUAACCGAGGUGAUGAAGGUUCGCACACACCCUCCCAGUGCUAGACGCAUAUUACUUCCAGACGGUAGAAACAUGUCUUAUUAUGAGCAAGGUGUUUCAGCUGGCAGAGCUAGAUUUUCUCUUGUUGCUCCACAUUCUUUACUUUCAUCUCGAUUAGCAGGUAUACCUGGGGUUAAAGCAUCAUUGCUUGAAGAUUACGGUGUCCGUUUGGUCACAUAUGAUCUUCCUGGUUUUGGGGAAAGUGACCCUCAUCCCACCAGAAGUCUCAAUUCAUCAGCCACUGACAUGUUACAUUUAGCCAAUGCUGCCAAUGUUACUGAUAAGUUCUGGGUGCUAUGUCAUUCAAGCGGAUGUGUUCAUGCCUGGGCAUCACUCAGAUAUAUUCCUGACAGAAUCGCAGGUGCAGUGAUGCUAGCUCCUAUGAUUAAUCCAUAUGAACCUGGCAUGGUUAAAGACGAGAUGAAAAGAACUUGGGUGAAGUGGCUGCCAAAGAGGAAAUUUAUGUAUAUAUUGGCUCAUAGGUUUCCGAAACUUCUCUCUUUUUUCUACAAGAAGAACUUCUUGCCGGAAAAUCAUGAUCAAAUUGAUAAGCAGCUAUAUUAUUCAUUAGGAAAGAAGGAUGAGAUUUUGAUUGAAGAACCAGAAUUUGAAGAAUUUUGGCAGCGUGAUGUGGAGGAGUCGGUUCGUCAGGGAAGUGUGCAGCCAUUUAUAGAGGAAGUUAUUCUUCAGGUAUCGAAAUGGGGUUUUGGCAUAGAAGAACUUCGUGUGCAGAGGAAGUGUCAAACAAGAAGUUUACUUCUUUGGUUGAAGUCCAUGUACAGUCAGGCAGAAUGUGAGUUAGAAGGAUUUCCUGGCCUUAUACACAUAUGGCAGGGAAUGGAUGAUAGAGUGGUCCCACCAUCAAUGAUGGAAUACAUAGGACGGGUAUUACCAGAGGCAAUAAUCCACAAGCUACAAAAUGAGGGCCACUUUUCCUAUUUCUUUUUCUGUGAUGAGUGUCAUAGUAAGAUAUUUUCCACUGUGUUUGGAACCCCUCAAGGUCCUAUACAAGAACCACAAGAGGAAAUUGCAUACGAGGAAAAUACAGAAGAUCUUAUCCAACAACGUACUUCUGAUUCUGAUACGGCAUGACACGAAACUGCUGAUAUACACCACUAGUUAGUUGCAUGUAAAUAAUAAACACAGGCAGCUCCUAUUCACCAUGGAGCUUGAAAGGAGAAUAUUUGUUACGAUUCUUAAAUUUUGGAAUCAUAAGAUGACAAGAACUUCAAAAUCAAGUCAUAAGAACUUUUGUAGAAUUAUUACCUACGUUGUUUUACCUAACCUCUCCCCUUUUCCACAAGCAUUAUUAUGGCAUGAUGUUCUUCACCGGAAUGGAGUUCUAUUUUCUUC